GCGCUCGGGAUCGGGCUGCGGCUGCGGCUGAAGCACUUUCAGCUUCCGAGGCGAGGAGGCCGAGGCCUGGGCCGAGCCCGGAGCCGCCGCUCGUCGGAGCCUCCUGGAGCCCCCGCGCCGGCUCAGCCUGGGGGCGGGCUCAGGCCCGGCCCGCCGCCGAACCCAGGACAGAGGCUGCAUGCCAGAGGACCAGGCCGGCGCAGCCAUGGAGGAGGCAUCUCCUUAUUCCUUACUUGAUAUCUGCUUGAAUUUCCUGACUACUCACCUUGAGAAGUUCUGCUCAGCGAGACAAGAUGGAACACUGUGUCUGCAGGAAUCUGGAGUGUUCCCACAGGAGGUGGCUGAUCGGUUGCUUCAGACCAUGGCUUUUCAUGGUCUCCUGAAUGAUGGAACCGUAGGUAUUUUUAGGGGCAACCAGAUGCGCUUGAAGAGAGCUUGCAUUCGCAAAGCCAAGAUCUCUGCUGUUGCCUUCCGGAAAGCCUUCUGCCACCACAAGUUAGUGGAACUUGACGCCACGGGUGUGAAUGCUGACAUCACGAUUACAGACAUCAUCAGCGGGCUUGGCAGUAACAAGUGGAUCCAACAGAAUCUCCAGUGCCUAGUGCUGAACUCAUUAACUCUCUCCCUUGAAGACCCUUAUGAGCGGUGCUUUAGCCGGCUUUCCGGCCUCCGAGCAUUAAGCAUCACCAACGUCCUCUUUUACAAUGAAGACCUGGCCGAAGUUGCCUCGUUGCCCAGAUUAGAGAGCCUGGAUAUUUCUAACACCUCUAUCACUGACAUCACAGCUCUGCUGGCCUGCAAAGACAGACUCAAGUCUCUAACCAUGCAUCACUUGAAAUGUUUAAAAAUGACAACUACCCAGAUAUUGGAUGUUGUUCGGGAACUAAAACAUCUGAAUCAUCUUGAUAUUUCAGAUGACAAACAGUUUACAUCAGACAUAGCCCUUCGAUUACUAGAACAGAAGGACAUCCUGCCCAACCUCGUCUCCCUGGACGUUUCCGGGAGGAAGCAUGUGACAGAUAAAGCUGUUGAAGCCUUUAUACAACAACGGCCCAGCAUGCAGUUUGUAGGUUUGCUGGCCACUGAUGCUGGCUACUCUGAAUUCCUCACAGGCGAAGGACAUUUGAAGGUGUCUGGAGAAGCCAAUGAAACUCAGAUUGCAGAAGCCCUGAAGCGGUACAGUGAACGGGCAUUCUUUGUCCGGGAAGCUCUGUUUCACCUUUUUAGCCUGACUCAUGUGAUGGAAAAAACAAAGCCAGAAAUUUUGAAGCUUGUGGUUACUGGGAUGAGAAACCACCCUAUGAAUUUGCCAGUGCAACUUGCUGCAAGCGCCUGUGUAUUUAACUUAACCAAGCAGGAUCUUGCCGCAGGAAUGCCUGUCCGACUCCUGGCUGAUGUGACCCAUUUGCUACUCAAAGCCAUGGAACAUUUUCCCAAUCACCAGCAGUUACAGAAGAAUUGCCUGCUUUCACUUUGUAGUGACCGGAUUCUUCAGGAUGUUCCAUUUAACAGGUUUGAAGCAGCCAAGCUUGUCAUGCAGUGGCUCUGUAACCAUGAGGAUCAAAACAUGCAGAGGAUGGCAGUUGCAAUCAUUUCCAUUCUGGCUGCCAAGCUUUCUACAGAACAAACUGCACAGCUUGGUGCUGAGCUCUUCAUUGUCAGGCAACUUCUUCAAAUAGUGAAGCAGAAAACCAAUCAAAAUUCGGUGGACACUACUUUGAAGUUUACUUUGAGUGCACUUUGGAACCUCACAGACGAAUCUCCAACCACCUGCAGACACUUUAUUGAAAACCAAGGGUUGGAACUCUUCAUGAGGGUUCUUGAGUCAUUCCCAACUGAGUCAUCCAUUCAACAGAAAGUUCUAGGACUUUUGAAUAAUAUAGCUGAAGUACAAGAAUUACAUUCUGAAUUAAUGUGGAAAGAUUUUAUAGACCACAUCAGUAGCCUCCUACAUAGUGUUGAAGUGGAAGUCAGCUACUUUGCCGCUGGAAUUAUUGCCCAUUUAAUAUCUAGAGGUGAACAAGCUUGGACAUUGAGUCGAAGCCAGAGGAAUUCUCUUCUGGAUGAUCUGCAUUCAGCUAUUUUGAAAUGGCCAACUCCAGAGUGUGAGAUGGUGGCAUACAGGUCUUUUAAUCCAUUUUUCCCAUUACUUGGCUGUUUCACAACACCAGGAGUCCAGUUAUGGGCAGUUUGGGCCAUGCAGCAUGUCUGCAGCAAGAAUCCCUCAAGGUACUGCAGCAUGUUGAUUGAGGAAGGAGGACUGCAGCAUUUAUACAACAUCAAAGAACACGAACAGACUGAUCCCCACGUCCAGCAGAUCGCAGUGGCCAUUCUGGACAGCUUAGAAAAACACAUUGUUCGCCAUGGAAGACCACCUCCCUGCAAAAAGCAGCCCCAGGCCAGACUAAAUUGAUAGCCAUAGAUAAUUCGAUAAUUGAGUCACAGAAAUUCUUUUUGUCAUAGGUCCACUUGGAAUAUCUUACCCUCUGUGAUGUUUGGGGGGGUUUCUAUGACACGAGUCCUAAGAUCAGUUUGGGAUUGACAAUGUACAGUACUGCCCGUGUGACUGUCUGAUUUGUCUUGUGAUUUUUAACUUAUAAGGCAAGAAGGGUCUCUUCCUUCAUCAUUGCCUUUUAGGAAAAUUUCCACAUCUUUCAGUGUUUGAACUUAAUCUGUGCUUAAAAUUCUACAGUUUUAUGAGGACGUUUGCACGAACCCUUAGGCCAGACUUUUCUGAUAUCUUGACACCCCUUCCAGUCAAUCUACAGCUUCCGACAAGCUGUCGACCUGAUUUCUGGCACAGCUUCAACUGUAAAUUUUAUACUGCUUCUGUAUAAAAAGCCUUUAUUCUCCGUG